AUGCGCGUGUCCAUGUGUGCGUGUCUAUGUGUGGGUGGCAGUGGUGAUGCAGUGCAUGUGCGGCUCCGUAGGCCGAGACACCUGCACGAUGACAGGAAGGCAAGCCGAACGACUCCUUGGACGUGGAAAAUGGCCACCACCCCCGCGUGCCAUGGGUUCGUCAACGCCUUUGGCAUGGUGCCGGUUACCUGCAGAGCCAAGCGUGGCUACAUAAGGAACGACCCUGAUCGGCAGCCGGUCAAACCAGCAUCAUGGGCUUGGGAAAGCAACAGCAAAUUGCAAAGCCGUAGUGACAUGUUAUUGACGGGCGGUCAGCGGGAAAAAGGCACCGUGGGCGAGGAUCCGAUUCGUGCGUCGAGAGCCAUGGCAGAUGCCGCUGGGCGCGUCGUCAGCGUCAGACGGGUGAACGUCGGCCAGACCAUGCCAACACUGCUGCUCCAUUUCUCCCGUCAACUAAGUACUUGCGCACUUGGUAAAGACGUUCGGCGCAUUGGUAAUCCCAUAGUACCCUUUCCACCCACUCCCAUCUCCCCCCCCCUCACAACCCCCUCACAACCCCCCCACAAUUCGGCACUUGAGCCUCAAAACGGUACUGUCUCUGACUAUCCUUCUAGAACACACGAAGACUAUGGUGUACAUUCUCUUCCACCAGAAUGCAAGGAACAUACAACAAGCAAAGCAGUACUUCCAUGGAGAUAUACAUCACCGGAUUUUCACUCAACAAAUACAGGGUUCAAGCAAAACAAGACUUGCCACAUACUUAUGUGCUCCCUUUUUGCGGCCACGACGAUGUCACCUCCAAAACACACCCAAGUAAUUCAAUAG